AUGCCCGACACGGAGAGUUAUUCCAACCCUCUGGCUCCUGAGGGUCACGACGUGGAUGACAGCAGAUCAGCUGCUCAGUCAAAGUUGACCAACGAUGACUUCAGGAAGUUGCUGAUGACACCGCGGGCUACGCCUUCUUCGGCCCCGCCCUCCAAAUCCAGACAUCAUGAAAUGCCGAGGGACUACAACGAGGACGAAGAUCCCGCGGCGAGGAGGCGGAAGAAAAAGAGCUACUACGCCAAGCUGCGGCAGCAGGAGAUGGAGCGCGAGCGCGAGCUGGCCGAGAAGUACCGCGACCGUGCCCGAGAGCGGCGGGACGGCGUCAACAAAGAUUACGAGGAGACGGAACUCAUCAGCACCACCGCCAACUACCGGGCCGUCGGGCCCUCGGCCGAGGCGGACAAGUCGGCGGCGGAGAAACGACGGCAGCUGAUCCAGGAGUCCAAGUUCUUGGGUGGCGACAUGGAGCAUACUCACUUGGUCAAAGGGCUGGACUUUGCCUUGUUGCAGAAGGUGAGAGCGGAGAUCAACAGCAAGGAAAAAGAAGAAGAAGACAUGAUGGAGAAAGUCCAGAAGGAAGCCAAGAAAGACGUGGAACCGGAGGAGAAGAUGGAAUUCAAGACCCGUCUGGGUCGCAACAUCUACCGCAUGGUGUUCCGUUCGGGGGCGCCGGAACGCAACGAGCUCUUCCUGCCGGGCCGCAUGGCCUACGUGGUGGACCUGGACGACGAGUUCACCGACACCGACAUUCCCACCACGCUCAUUCGCAGCAAGGCCGACUGUCCCAGCAUGGAGGCCCAGACCACGCUGAGCACCAACGACAUAGUCAUCUCCAAGCUGACGCAGAUUCUCUCCUACCUCCGCCAAGGAACGCGACACAAGAAGAUGAAGAAGAAGGACAAAGGCAAAGCGGAGGAAAAACGAGCGCCGGAAGCCGAUCUCGGCAUCUUCGACGACGUCGGCGACUACGUGCCGUCUGCCGUGUCCUCGUCCAAAGCUCCCAAAGACAAAGAGAGGCGACGCGACAGGGAUGAGGACAAGAAGCGGAGACAUACCUACUUUGACAAAGAACAACAGGCGACGGAGGAAGCGGAUCCAGGUCCGGGAUCGGUGCGAGAUCAGCUCAAGCUGAUCAACGAAAAGUUUGCGGGCGUCGCCGCCGCCGCCGGCAACCAGUGGAAGGGUCAAGAUGCGCCGUCUCAGAGGCGAGACGUCAAGGAACAUCUGGGAGAUUUCUUCGGGGGAUCCAACUCCUACGCCGAGUGCUACCCCGCCACGAUGGACGACCUGGCCGUGGACAGCGACGAAGAAGCGGACUACAGUAAAAUGGAUCAAGGCAACAAGAAGGGGCCGCUGGGUCGCUGGGACUUCGACACGCAGGAGGAAUAUUCCGACUACAUGAACAACAAGGAGGCGCUGCCCAAGGCGGCCUUCCAGUACGGCAUCAAGAUGUCGGAAGGCCGCAAGACGCGGCGCUUCAAGGAGACCAACGAGAAGGCGGAGCUGGACCGACAGUGGAAGAAGAUCAGCGCGAUCAUCGAGAAGAGAAAGAAGAUGGAGGCCGACGGAGUGGAUGUGAAACGGCCCAAAUACUGA